CGCCGCGGCGGGACGAGCCCGCGGGUCCCGCCGGAAAGUUCCAGUCGGGGCGCGGGCGGCGGAGGGGAGCGGGGCGCGCGCCGCAGCCCGGCGGGCGGGAACGCGGUUGCUCAGCGCCUGACAGGGCGCUCGGUGCGCUGGGCCCCGGCUCCCUGCCCGCGGGGCGCGGUGACAGCCCCGCCGCCUCCCGCUCCGCGGCGAGGAGCGGUACCGCCCGCCCCGGGCAGGGCUGGGUGAGCACCGGCCCAGGAGGAGAGCGGGCAGCGCAGAAGGGAGCUGCCGGCCCCGCCGCCGAGCAGCGCCGCGGCCGCCCUCUCCCUGACUGACUCGGUGAAAAUCAUUGUUUGGCUCCAGCAUUAACUACAUUCCAGCGGGACGCAGCGCCCAGUCUCCUUCCUCGCAUUCCUGCCCCACACAAAAGAGUCCCUCCCUCUUUCGCCGCGCCCCGCGCUCCGCUCGCCGCACCGCGAAGCCCCUCCGGGCCGGCCGCCGCCUUCGCCCCCCGCCCGGGGGUGCGGGCCGGGCUGCGGCCCCGCCGCGGGGCGGCCGGCCGGGGGCGGCGGGGGCAGGGAGCCGCCGAGCGCAAAUUCCUCCGCGCAGCGCGCCAUUGACUGGACCGAGCAACUUAUUUAAGGCUGGAAAGUGACACAGGGGCUCCUCGUCUCUGCUCGCCGCGCUCCGCCGGGCAGCCCGGCCACACCGAGCCGAGCGCCGCGGCGCGGGGAUGCCGCUGAGGUGACUGCCGCCUCGCCUGGCCGCUGCUGAGGAGCCCUCCCGAGAAGGAGCUGUGUCCCGCCGCUGCCCCGCCAGGACCGCGGGAAGGGGCUUUCCCUUGAGGUGGUUUUUUUGUGUGUGUGUGGUUUUUUUUCUUUUUUUUUUCUUUUUUUUUUUUCCCCUAUUGUGGGCUGUGCUGUCGCAGAGUUCGCCGUCCCACCCCUGGCCCGCGCUGCCGGGCUCCGGCCGAGCAUGGAGAAGUACGAAGAGGACAUGGCACUGAAGGCCACCAAGUUCAUGGAGGAUCUGUCCCUCUACGAGCCCUGCCUGGAGGGUUCGUACAGCCGGGGCGGCCGACGGGACCUGCCGCUGCACCCCGACCUGGAGGAGACUAAGCGGGUCAUCGCCGCCCACAUGACGGGGGAGCAGAGGGGCCGGAAGAUGAACGGUACCGCCGCGCCGCUGCCCGCCGAAGCCUUCCCCGCCGCCCCCUGCGGCAAAGCCGCCCCGCUCCGCGCCGCCAACGGCCGCGCCGCCGCCGAGCCGCCUCCGGCCGCGGGGCCGCCGUGCUGCGAGGAGGGGCUGUGCACCCGCUCCGAGGUGGCGCUGCCCUGCUACAGCGGCUUCGCCGACAAGGGGAAGCGGUACUCGGCCGAGGGCUACCGCUACGCUGCGGGCAGCGCCUACGAGGGCGGCUACGUGGCCAAGGGUGGAGGACGAGCACCGGGCGGCCCGGACGGCAAAUACGGUGCCGCCAGUCCGCGGGCCAGCCUGGCCGCCUCCUCGCCGGGCCCCGUCGCCGAGCACGGCAAGUUCUCCAGCCCGCGCUCCAGCCUGGGCGGCGCGGCCGCGCUGCCCUACGAGAAGUUCUCCAGCCCUCGCUCCAGCCUGGUGGUACCCGGCCAGGAGAAGUACGGCAGCCCCCGCGGCAGCCUGGUACAGUACGACGGCGCCGCCCUCAGCCCCCGCUCCAGCUACGCCAGCACGGCCAGCGAUACCAGCAAGCACUCCAGCCCCCGUGCCAGCCUCACCAGCUACGACGGCGGCGGCAGCAAGCCCAGCAGCAACCGCACCAGCGGCAUCAGCAUGGGCUACGACCAGCGCCACGCCAGCCCCCGCUCCAGCACCGCCAGCCAGUACUCCUGCACCACCAGCCCCCGCUCCAGCUACUCGGACUCCAGGUACGGCCCGCCGGGCAGCGCCGAGCCCGAGGGGGCGGGCGGCGCCGGGCUCGCCCUGGCCAGUCCCCGCUCCAGCCUCUGCGGCCCCGAGGGCCGCGGCGCGGCCGGCGCCGCCGUUGUCAGCCCCCGCUCCAGCAUCUCCAGCCAGAGUUCGCGGAGCUCCCGCGGCUCCAUGAGCGCCUACCCGGAGCUGCAGCUGCCCUCGCCCCGCUCCUCCCUGCUGGGGCCCGGCCUGCAGGAGGACGGCGCCGUGCCCGAGCUGGGGGACGUCUACCACAAGAUCCAUGCCCAGUCCCCGCCGCGGCACGACCAGCAGCACCCGGCCGCAGCCCCCGAGGCGGCGCCCCCGUACCCCUACAGUCCGACCAAAGGCUCUGCUUCGGCUCCCAAGUUUAAGCUCCCCUACCAGGUGACGCCGAGCCGGGAGAGCGGCCCCAGCCAGGCGGAGAGGCGGCUGGAGGCGCUGACGCUGGAGCUGGAGAAGGAGCUGGAGAUGCACAUGAAGAAGGAGUACUUUGGUAUUUGUAUAAAAUGUGGAAAAGGUGUCUAUGGAGCAAGCCAGGCUUGCCAAGCAAUGGGUAACCUCUAUCACACCAACUGCUUCACAUGCUGCUCUUGUGGGAGAAGACUACGAGGAAAAGCGUUCUACAAUGUCAAUGGCAAGGUGUACUGUGAAGAAGACUUCCUAUAUUCAGGUUUUCAGCAAACAGCGGACAAGUGCUUUGUUUGUGGACACCUCAUAAUGGAAAUGAUCUUACAAGCCCUUGGAAAGUCAUACCAUCCUGGCUGCUUCCGCUGCGUGGUGUGUAACGAGUGUUUGGAUGGAGUCCCCUUCACUGUGGAUGUGGAGAACAAUAUUUACUGUGUCAAAGAUUACCAUACGGUUUUUGCACCAAAAUGCGCUUCUUGUAACCAGCCAAUCCUACCGGCACAGGGCUCCGAGGAGACCAUUCGGGUGGUGUCAAUGGACAAAGACUACCAUGUGGAGUGUUACCACUGCGAGGAUUGCGGCUUACAGCUCAAUGACGAGGAAGGCCAUCGGUGCUAUCCGUUGGAGGGCCACUUGCUCUGCCACGGCUGUCAUAUCAGGCGCCUUAAUAUUAAACUGCCAUCACAUCCACCUCCAAGCUAUCCAAUGCACGUCACAGAACUCUGAGAGACAUUUCCAUGACCUAUACGCCGUUUGAAAGAGAAGACGAAAAUCUAAAAAUGACUUUCCUGUUCCUUUAAAGAUGAGAUUCCAGUAAUAACAGUCUAAACCAGCUAUUUAUUUUUUAAAUCAGAGGUGAGGGGGUCCUUUCCUGAUCUUGUAUAUAUGCAUUCUUUUAUGUAGAUGUUUUCACUGAGACACCGUCUACUUGAACAAAUAAUUCACCACUAAACUGUAACUGUAAAUGGCAGGAUUUCUAAAAACAAUGGUACAAAGGGCUGUUCUGCACUCCCUCCUCAGUUUCCUUCAGUCUAGAUUUUGCCCAGGUAAGGAGUGUAGAAUUACUUUCCAAAAGUUAGCACCUUAUCAUACUGCAGCAAGCAUGAUAAGAUAAAUGCUAGCAUUUUAGCUAGUUUUGUUGAAUUCUGGUCUUAGAGAAUACAGUCUCACAUUUUUUUUAAACUUAGAUUCCCAGAAGUAGUGGAUAGGAAGCAAAAAAAGCGGUUUUAGCAACGACAGGUUUCAGCACGUUAGAGCAGCGCCAGGCCAGCUUUCCAUACUACAAGGUUCCACAGUCAUCCAAAGACUAUUUAGCUUGUUAGCGAAGUGUGGCAAGCGCCUCCUAUAAAUCCACAUUACAGAGGAAUAUAUCCAAAAGGUUGGCACACGCAGGGUCACAACAGUUAAGAAAGUUACAGACCUCUGUAAUCGCUUGCUGUGUACAAAGAUAGACACGGUAUCACAGUAUGUUUGUUUGUUUGGGAUUGGAAGGGACCUCAAAAGAUAUCUAGUCCAAUCCCCCUGCUGUAUCAAAAUGCAUUCACAUCAGCUUGAUGGUUUGGCACUUAACUAAAGAAUUCAUCUUUUAAACCUGUUUUUUGUUUAAUAGGGUUAGCAGCAACCCCUUUCUAUGCAAAGGUACACUUGUCUUUAUACUACUUCUUUUACACAAGACUUCAUUUGUUACCCACUGCUUUAUGAUUGUAUGUUGAUACAUUAUUAAAAAAGGAGGGGGACGGUGGCUUUUGGAUUAUCUUUUCAGCUUUGUGUUCUUUUCUAGAUGUACUUUUGAACUGAUUAUGGUGAUUGUCUUCAUUGGAAAACAAGUACAGUUUAGCAGAAAUAAUAAUUUAGAGAGUCAGACCAUUGAACCAUUGGUAUUUUAUAACAAGUAUUAGAUGUACAUAGAAUGUACACACUUUCAUAUUUUGCAUAAGCUUUUACAGUAACCUCAGAGCUCUGGGGAAAUAUAUGUCUUCCAUAUAGGAAGUUAGAUGAAUCUUUUUUAUGGUUUGUUUUCUACCAUGUGUUGAUGAUUUACAUGCAAAUCACACAUCUGUACAUUUAAAAAAACUCUUGCAUUCUCAUGAGAAUUGAUCCAGCCUUCCUGAAUUUAUAUUUUAAAUAAAUCCAUCAUUGCUGUCUUUAGCUGUAUCCAAAAUUACAAUGAAAUAAAACUCUUUGGCUCCAGAGGAAGUGAAAAUACCAGAUUCUCUGCAUGUGUAAACUGGAACAUUUCCAUGCCAGUGCUUAGCACGGUGAGAAUCCAUUCAGAUCCAUUCGGAAAUGAUCCCAUGUUAAAUUCAGCACGCAGACUGAUGAAAUACUUAUUUGGCAACACCAUUGCAGUUUAGUUUCUCAUGCUCUAUUGAUUUUUAGAAAGGCAUUUGUGGUGCUCUUGAAAAGUACAAAGAGCAUCCAAUGGACACUAAUUCCAAAGUGGAAUAAGUAACUCCCUUAACAUAACUUUUUGAAAGUCUGGAUUUCCCUCUUGGGGAGGAGGCGGGCAGGACAAAUUCUGUGAACUGUUUUUUUUCCUACGAGUAAGGAACAAAAGGUGUGUUUCCCGAACUUUAGCCAAACUGCCAUUGGCCUAGAUUAACCAGUCCUACUGAAUGCUCCUUGGCAAGUCAGAUGCUCCUUUAAAAAGUCAUUUUCUACUUAAUAUAUAUAUAUAUAUCAGUUUAUAACUAACAGAUUUAAUAUGAUAGUAGCCAUGUUUAGAAGGAACAACAGCACAACUAGUGCCCUGUUCCUGCAGUGUGACCGAAGCGGCCUGGCCUGCAAGAGAGGCCACUGGGUGCGUGCACACCUUUUCUGCCUUUGCAACCAUUACCUCUGUGUCCGCAGGCCCCGGCCCAGCCUCAGCGGGCAGUGGAGGAACACGCGCCUCUUGCCCAAACAGCAGACGCUAGAAAAGGAGGAAAAACAGUCUUAAAUUGGAUUGUAUGACUAGGUCAAUUCCUUAAGGUUACUACAAAUAUGGAAGAGAUCAGAGCUUCAGGAUAAACUUUUAUCAUCAGCUGCAAUGUAAUACUUCUUUAUUUAAGGAAGCUGCUUUGGAUCACAUUUAGCUUUGAGGCAUUUUUUACUUGUACAAUAUUUAUUAAGGAAGCCAAAUUAAGAAAGCAGUCAUUAAAAUACACAGAAGAGGUUUGGGUCUGUUCUUGUGAGCAGCUCACCCCCUACCAGUACUGGAAAAAUGCCUUGCCUCACCAGUAUGGAAGCAAAGCCUUCAGAAUGGCAGUGGGCAGAGGUGGCGGUGACUCUGGGGUUCAGCCCCGUCUCCUGCCAGUGCCCCCCUUAACACUUUGCCUCCUUCAGGGGCACGUUUAAGUUUCCACUCCAACAUACUUCUCAAGGGGCAGCACAUUAUCCAGCGUGUACAUACCACACCUUUUCUUCUUUUUUGAAAAUGAUCAUACUGUAGAACACGGUCAUGUUUUAAUUUCAUUUCACAUAUUAAUUUGUCAGUCUCUUGUAGUUCUACUCAGUUCCAAUGUGUUAAAUAUCAUCAUGGAAAAAAAAAUACCAAAAGGUAAUAUUUCAAUAGAGAAUAAGCAAUUUGUUUAAAACCAGAAAGCAGCAUUUUUUUCCAGUAUUUUCUAUAGACAGGUGCAUUCCAUUAGUGUAUAAUGAAGUACAGCUUUGUUUUGCCAGCAUUUAGGACAAAAACUGGAGCUAGAGAAAAAUCUGCCAGGUUGUGGGUCUUUUUGGUUUUGUUUUCAAUCAAAGAGAAAAACAAAAGCAAAUCUAAAGCAAUGAUGUGCUGUACUCUUUAGUGCUAGUGACAGUUUCUGCACUUCUUACCUCCUUUCUGGGGAAUCAUGUAAAUGAGAAAGCUUCUUUUAAUGCUUUUCUUAAGGAGUAUUCUUAUGUUAAAUCAGUUCAACACAGAUGUAAACUUUCUGGAGUUCAUUUUAUGAUGUGAUUGUUCUUCAGAAGCCUUUGCUGUACUUUGGGAAUAUUUCCAUAAAAAUACAACAACUUGUUCUCAUUUGCAUCAGGACUACACCUUCCCAUUGGGGUGAGGACCCUCACACAGUCGCUACAGCACAAAGCUGUUGCAGGCAAUCAGAGCCCCUCGCGCACUGGACGGCACGUUCCAAAGACGGGACCAAAACGAUAAUUUGAAAACAAAAGAACACAGAUCACUGAGCUUUCAAAGAGGGUUUGUUUGGGUUGCUUUCCUUUUCCUUUCACUUGUGUGCACGCGCGUGUGUGUAUAUAUUUUGUAAGGUGGAGCUUCAAAAGGAAAACAUGGUUAGAGGAGCUCUUUAAGACCAGAAAUUCCAGAGUAGUUAAGUAAACCAAAGCUCUAAAGGAGACAAAAGCUGCUUUCUUGUGUUUCAAGAAAAGUUUAAAAGUUUGUGAUUCAUUCUGUAACUAAUGCCGUAACUAGAGUAUAUAAUUUGACUUAAAUUAAGUUUUCAUUUAAGAAAUAUUUUCAUUUUCUUUAAAAGAAUAUAGUUUUCUUCCAAGAACUUGGACCAACGUUGAUUUUUAUUUUGUAGGAAAUAUAUAAAUUCCCAGUUUGUAUAUCAUGUAACUAGUUUACAUGCUGAAAAUAUACAUUAGUUUAACUAUUUUUGUGUAUAUAUCUUUGUAAAACCUUUCAAUGUGCUUCUGUCUUUUAGUCUUUAGAACUACUUGUGGUUUUGUUUCAGUGUUUGAUUCCCUUGAUUGUUGAAGAAGAAAAAAUUGGGAAAUGUAGAUUUAUUUAUCUAAAGAAGAAGCUACUUGCUAUCAUUCUAAGUUAUUUAAUAUUAAAGUCAGAAGUUUCAUUUAACCUUAGAUGCUAUAAUCUGCUUUUUUCAAUAAAGACAUUUUGUAGUUA